AUGCGGAUGUAUGUACUUUUGAAUCUCCUUGACACAAGCGCUGCUGAGAAUGAGCUGGGCUGGUUGCCAGAUCCAGAAUCUGGGUGGAGCGGGUCGCAGCAGAUGAUCAACAGCACCCCAGUCUACAUGUACCAGGACUGCAACGUCUUCUCAGAGGGCGACACGGACCACUGGCUGCGCACCAACUGGAUCUUCCGGGGCCAGGACUCCUCCCACAUCUACGUGGAGCUGAGGUUCACCAUCCGUGACUGCAAGAGCUUCAAAGGGGAGGCGGUCAGCUGCAAGGAGACCUUCAACCUUUACUACAUGGAGUCGGACCAAGACGUUGGCAUCCAGUUCCGACGCCCGCUCUUCACCAAGGUCAAUACCGUAGCAGGAGACCGCAGCUUCACGAACCGGGACAUCGAGCAAGGCACCCUGCAACUGAACACGGAGGUCUCCUCUAUCAAGAACUUGCAGCAGCGCGGAUUCUACCUGGCUUUCCAGAACUCUGGGGCGUGCGUGGCGUUGGUCUCGGUGAGAGCGUACUACAAGACCUGCUCGAAAACCAUGCGCGGCCUGGCCGACUUCCCGGAGACGCCGGCCCGCUCCGAGGGUUUGGCGGAAGUGCCGGGCGUCUGCCUCAAAAACGCCGCCGAGGAAGCGGGGCUUGCACCCAAGAUGCACUGCAGUCCCGACGGGGAGUGGUUGGUUCCGAUGGGCCGUUGCCGGUGCGUCCCUGGCUUCGAGGAGAAGGGAGGACGAUGUGUCACUUGCCAGCCGGGAUUCUAUCGUCACUCGCCAGAGACCGAUCAGUGCCUCAAAUGUCCUCCUAACAGCUCCUCCGAUUCUCCGGGGGCCACGUCCUGCCCCUGCCUCAAAGACUUCUUUCGGGCACCUGACGAGGACCAAACCGCUGUUUGCACACGCCCCCCUUCCGCGCCGCGCAACCUUACCUUCUCCCUUUCGGGGAGCCAGCUUUCCCUCGCCUGGCAGCCCCCCAUCGACCAAGGCGGCCGCAAGGAUCUAUCCUACAGCGUCGCCUGCAAGAACUGCAGGCCCCUGACGUGCGAGCCUUGUGAGACCAGCGUGGCUUUUUCCCCCGGCGCGUCCGGCCUGACAGGUCUGUCCGUGGCGGUGGAGGGCCUGGAGGCUCACAACAAUUACAGCUUCACCGUGCGAGCUCACAAUGGGGUGUCGGAGCUCAGCCCCUCCUCGCAGAGCGGUGCCGCUUCCCCCGUCCGGGUCUCGGUGGGGUACGCAGCUCCUAUCACAGUAUCCUACCUCACUAUGGUGAAGCAGAACGACAGCAGCCUCUCUGUGACUUGGCAAGCGCCGCAGGCUCGCAGCCAGAACGCUGUGAGCUUCGAGGUGAUGUACUUCGAGAAGGGAGAAGAGAAACAGUACACUGUCCAGCACCUCCAGGAACCCAAAGUAACUCUGGUCAACCUGCAGCCCGACACAGCCUACGUCCUACGGGUGCGCUCCGUCACCCCCUUUGGAAACGGACCGUUUUCACAGGAGCAGGAGUUCCGCACCCUGCCACAAGACGCCGGGGGGCCUUCUGGAGGAGUGAUUGUCUCCAUUAUCUUUGGACUCCUGCUGUUUAUCGGUCUGGUUGUGGGACUCAUCGUCUGCCGGCGAAGGCGAGCGUAUCCUCACCGAGCGCGACCAAGCCGUGAGCACUCUUGCUACGACCGAGAUGAGAUCUGGUUGAAACCUUACGUAGAUCUCCAGCCCUACGAGGAUCCCAGCCGAGGAGUGUUAGAAUUCACAAAGGAGUUGGACCCGUCUCUCGUCAACAUUGAGACUGUUAUUGGUGAAGGGGAGUUCGGGGAGGUCUAUCGGGGGACGCUGCGAUUAGCAGGGAAGGAACGCGUCGUGGUGGCCAUCAAGACCUUGAAGUCGAGUUACUCCGACUCGACGUGGUGGAACUUCCUGCGCGAGGCGACCAUCAUGGGCCAGUUCAACCACCACAACAUCGUGCGGUUGGAGGGAGUCGUCACAAAACGGAACCCCAUGAUGAUCAUCACAGAGUACAUGGAAAAUGGAGCUCUGGACGCUUUCUUACGGGAGAACAUGGACAAGUUCAGCGCGGUGCAAUUGGUCACCAUGCUGCAGGGCAUCGCCGCGGGGAUGACCUACUUGUCAGAUCGCAACUACGUCCACCGGGACCUGGCGGCCCGGAACAUUCUGGUAUCUCAUAACCUUAAGUGCAAAGUGUCCGAUUUUGGUCUUUCCCGAAUAUUGGAAAACGACGUGGAAGGAACCUAUGAAACAAAGGGUGGCAAGAUCCCCAUCCGGUGGACAGCUCCAGAGGCCAUCGCUCAUCGGAUCUUCACCUCGGCCAGCGACGUGUGGAGUUUUGGGAUUGUCACGUGGGAGGUGUAUUCCUACGGUGACAAGCCGUAUGGGGACAUGAGUAAUCAGGAGGUGAUGAAGAGCAUAGAGGAUGGGUACCGGCUCCCCCCUCCUGUGGACUGCCCCUCCAUCCUUUACGAGCUCAUGAAAGUGUGCUGGUCAUACGAUCGGGCGCGGAGGCCCCGUUUCCGGGAAAUCCAUGCUCAGCUGGAGCACUUCAUCGCCAGCCCGCAUUUGCUCCGGACUGUGGCGGACUUUGACCCUAGGGUGACGCUCCGGCUCCCCAGCUGUAGCGGCUCCGACGGGAUCCCCUAUCGCUCGAUCCCCGAAUGGCUGGAGUCCAUCCGCAUGAAACGGUACAUCAUCAACUUCCGUACGGCCGGCCUGAACACCAUGGAAUCCGUCCUGGAGCUCACAGCCGAGGACUUGAAGCAAAUGGGGGUGACUCUUGCCGGCCACCAGAAGAGAAUCCUAUGCAGCAUCCAGGGCUUCAAGGAUUAA